AUGAACGAGGGUCUUCGUAUCCUCACGAUCUGUCCUCAUCUCAAAUCCCUGGAGCUGACGCUCUUUCUUCAUAUCGAAGUCAUUGGGCGGUUGACGUAUACCCCAUCAGCCAUCUCGUCAGAAAACGUUCUGGGUGGUGGGGACGACCAACUGAUCGAGGACACCCCAUCGGAGACUACCUGUCCGAAUCUCACGACCAUCAAGCUGUGGCGAUGCAUUUCUGCCCAGGAUGGAAAGGUCGCGGAUAUGGUUGAGUCGAGGCGUCGUCGAGGAAUAGCUCGCACAGCAGGGCAAAGGCUCCUCUUCAACUUCAAAGGGCAAACCCCUGAGAGAGAGAAGAAGUGGCCGUUCAGCGGGAAAUCGUUGGGAGUGCAGAGGACUUUCAACCGCAAGCUAGGGGAAAGAGGCUUCCCUCUCCUUAUGGAGUUCGGAGAAUGCGAUUGA